GUUGUGGGGAGUAUCUGUUGUGAUUGUUAAUGGGUUACAGCUGGGGGGGAGGAAUGUCUUUUUAAAGGGGGGUGGAAUAGAUUGAGGGGUUGUUCUGUGUUUGGUUUGGUUUGGUGGAGAAAGGACCGGUGUGGUUCGGGAGGGAGGGGAAUCCCUUGGCUGUCCGCGGUUAAUGUUGGGGGAAAUGUGGUGUGUCCGUCGCUGAUGUUAGAUCGGCCGCGGGCGAAGAUAAGUAGGUAAGAGUGAGGUGGGGGGAUGAACGUGUAGGGAAGUUAGCGAUGUGUGGGUGAUAAGGAGCCGCGGAGCGAAGUGCGCUUUGGGAGUAGAGCCUCUUCCUUCUUCGGGGGAAGGACGGGGGGCUGUGUUGCCUCUCCCCUUAGAAGUAACCGUCCUUUUAAAGGUUUCUGUCUUUUUCGUAUGAAUGUGUGCGGUUGUGUGUUGAUUUUAGCCGGGGUUGGUAGGACAGUUGUUGAGGGUGGGGAAGGAGACUGAUGGGGGUGAUUUGGGUGAUAUACGGAGUGCAGUGCUUUUUCCCUCACUAGAUUUGUGUAUUUAUAAUUAUGGAUUUUGUGGUGUGAUCUGAUGUUGUGGAGUCAACACGUGUGAUGUAUUGCCCCCUACUGUCUGGUGUUGCCCUCUGGGAAGGAUUGUGAUCCCCGGCUAUUACAUGAAAUAAAGUAAUAUUCUAUUUAUACUCUUGGCUUUGGUGUCUGGACCUCCCCAGAUAAAUUAUAAAGAAAGGUGGUGGCAGUGGUUACCAGUGGACCCGCUUAAGUUGUAGCGGACAUAGGAGUUUUAGUUCGCUACACUUAUUACACUGGUGGCAGCGGUGGGAUCGCUGCUAGUUUUGAUUGUUGCAGUUUUGGUAAUUGACCGGUAAUGAUGUCGCAGCGGGAGAGUGUGCGGGGGCAAGCCACUUCCUCACUGGCAUCUUCGCAAGAUGAUCAGCAAGAGAUUCCUGGUGCGGCAGCGCGUGUUGUAAGUCGUCCGGUUUUUAUGCCCGAUACGUUUACGGGCGUAAAUAGAGAAUGGUCAGACUGGCUUGAACAAUUUGAGAUGGCUGCGGUAGUAAAUAUGUGGGAUGACGGGAUUAAGUUAAAGUUCCUGUCCUUACUGUUGUCUGGUAAAGCGAGAGAAAUUUAUGGGGGGUUACCUCCACAGGCUCGUGCAAGUUAUGCGGCAUUGAAACAAGCCCUGCAGGCGUGCUUAGAGCCUAGUGGGAGUGCUGACUGGCAUCGGGCAGAGUUUGCCUCUCGUAUCCGGCUGCCAAAUGAGUCGGCUCGGGAGUUUGGUACUGCCCUUAGGCGUUUGGUUGUGCGUGCUUACCCUUUAGUCGAUUAUGUCACACAGGAUAUGUUAGUUCGUGAUCAUUUUGUUGUACAUGUGGGGUCUGGUGAGUUGCGUAUUCAGUUGCGCAGUGCUAAGCCCUCCACUUUAGAAGAUGCCAUCAAUCUGGCCUCAGAGAUAGAGUCUAUAAGGCGUUUGGAAGGCUAUUCAGGUCCCCCGGUGGCCCAGGUUUGUGGUGUGAGUGGGUCUGGGUGGGAUAAAGAUCAGGCUGAGACGCUGUUGGGGGUGGUAGAAGGCUUACGGCAGGAAGUGCAGGCAUUGCGUGCUGAGGUUAGGGCAUUGAAAGCUGGUGGGUCUUUGUCCCAGUCUGGUGGUAGUGCAUCUAUAUCACCGCCAGUGGUUUCAUCUGGACCCCAGGUGUCAGCCCGAGGGGAGUGUAUGGUGUGUUGGGAGUGUGGGUGUGACAGACACUUGCGAAAAGACUGCCCGUAUGUGACGGGAAACUCCAGAGGGCGGGCACGGUGGGCCGUGUGCCCGCUCAGAUGGAGGAAGGCCUGGUGUCUGGAGGACCUUUUGUGGUUAGUUUGUGUGGAAAAGGGUUGUAUGUGAGUGCUAUUGUGGGAGGGGCAGAUGCUACCCUGUUGGUGGAUACUGGGGCACAGGUCUCUGUAGUGCCGAGGCAUUUUUGGGAGUCUGUUACUCGCGGUGUAGGACAGUUGGAUCCGUAUAUAGGCAGGGUGGUUGUAGCUAAUGGUGAGGAAUUGAAAAUCCUGGGUAAGUGGCACACUGUGUGUCAGUUUGAAGCGUUGGCAUUGGGGGUUGAGUUUUUAGUGGUGGACACGGAUAUGCGUGAGUCAUUGUUGGGUAAUGACUUCCUUCUGAAGUAUGGAGCCAUAAUAGAUUUGAAGGGACAGUGUUGCCAAGUGAUGGGCAAGAAGGUACCCUUGGUGACUCAAGGCAUUAGUGACCGGCCCCAGGUGGUUAUGUUGAGUGCCGAUGUGAUGGUCCCCCCUCGCAGUGAGAUUAUAAUCCCUGGGACUGUUAAAAUGAUCGCUGACAGCCCUGUAGUGGGUAUGGUAGAGCCGGCAGCAUCAUUAGCGGGCCAGUGUGAUGUUUUGGUGGCGCGGGUGGUGUGUCGUGCAGACAGAGGUGUUGUUCCAAUUAGGGUGAUUAAUGUGACUGAAGAGGAGCGUAAACUUUAUAGGGGGAUGAAAGUGGGUUCGCUGGUGACUGAUAUUGAGGUGGGCAGGGCAGCAACUCAUGGUCAGGAAAAAGGGCCUGGGCAGCAGUGGACUGGGGCUGAGCUCUUUUGUCAGCUUGGCCUUGAUAGAAAGGGU